GAGGGAUACUCAGCAAGCUACGAAUACUGUCAAAAAACUUAAGACUGCAGUUUGAUAAAAUCUAGUAGAAUAUGGCAGAUGUAGUUUUGCCGUUCUAUUAGCCGCUGGUACAACAUGUUCAAAAGUGUUAACUAGCAUGUCUGCAAAACCGUAACAAACUAUUCGGCCUUGUUCUUUCACAAUUAUUCUUUCUUGCGGAGUUGCAAUUCUAAUUUGCGAUAAUUAAGCAAUGCAAUUCAUACCCAUACUACUACCUUGUAUCUACUGCGUUUGAGCCAACAUGUUGAUGACCCGUACUACUACUUGCCUACUAUUCUGAAUUAAUAAUUCGUGUGCUGUCUGCUAUCGGCUAUUGUAUCUAUCGACUUUUUAUUCGUUGUAUUGGCUGCUGACGAUAAGUAGUGCCUUUGUUUGGCAAGAAUGGGAAGAAAACUGUCGCGAAUAUGUCUUGGUACAGUGAUUCUGCGGUUUAUCUUCUGGAUUCAUCCGGCGCUUCUCGCAACUGGGGCUGGUGGGAGCUCGAAUCAGUACCCGUUUUUCCGUGCUUGCCCUGAGCCGUACCAUGGGCGCGGGCGCGGUCGCUCUCUCAAGUGCUACGAUGGUACGGCGAUAGGCGCGGCUUGCAGUACUGCGUCAGGCGCAAAGUUAAAAGACGACCCCGUACUUGGAAAACAAACUGUCAACGAAAAUGAGUGCUGCGACACCUUGCACGGAGGCCACGCGACGUGUCCGCGCGAGCGGCCCGUGCUGUGUCCAGCGUGGCUGGAGAACCAGCAGACUUUGAGGCCGUUCCGGCAACAAGGGAGCAGCCAAAGUGCUCCUUUUUUCGCUACGCCUGACUUCGCGCACGCUUUUUCGCGCUGUGUCGAGAGGCCCACUUCGAAAAGCAGCGCAUGCGUUCUAGAGCAUUCUUCAGCUGGCUCCUCACAGGUGGAUGAUGCUCCCGCGGGCACCUGCGAAUCUGGCUGUACCACUGUAUACUUGCGGCCCGCCGUGUCAUCAGGGGGAAGUGGUUCUUCGUCAUCCAGGCCGACAGUCGAAGUUCAACAGCUGUUAUUUCGCAGUGGGCCGGCGACCUUCUCCUUACUUCCUGACUCGUGUUUUUCGCCCUCCGUUGGAUGUGGGCUGCGCUUGUGCGACGUGCGACACCUAGAGGUUCAAUUUCCGCCAGCUUCAAGUAGUCUGGCCUCCAGCAGAGACUUUAAUGGCUUUCGAGCGGGGGUCGAGGUUAGAAACAGUUCGGGAGCGGUGAUCUUCACAUUAAGGCUACUAGUUUUCUGCUUCACUUGUUGUUUUAGUAAACUGCGCAGGGAGCCAUACUAGGGCAAGGACAUAAAGUUCUUGUUGCGAUAGUUCAUUCAAUUUAGUUUUGUAUAGUGGAAUAUCUUCUGUGAAUAGCUUUCAGCACCUGUCUUCGAUGAUGGAAGUUUUGGAUCACCACAUAAGCAUAGCAGAAUCGUGUAUUAAUCGCACUAAUCCCAGGCGACGUUUUGGAAAAGCAGCUGUCAUUUACGGGAAGAAGCGAGUGGGUGCAGGAAGGUCGGGGUUGCUGCGCAGACCCGCCAGGGAGUCAUGCGUCUGCUACGGAAACAUCACUUUCGCUGGCGGGUUGCAAAGAGCUCUGUCUAGCACACGAGUGUGAUUUCAUCGAAUUCGCGCCAAUCAACAAUAACCAACAAGCGGUGGCGUCAAUGUACGACGAUGCUGUCGGGCGUUGUCGGGCGCUGCGAGGACAGUGCCGUAGCAAAACAUUGGCAGCUUGUGCGGAGGAGUCCCGAGCAAUGACAGCUGCAAGCAGCGCCUUCACGACCCACAGCGUGCAGCCCGCGACGCGGGCCGUCAGUCCGGGAGCGCGAUGUGAUGAAACUUUAGACUCUGGCGCGUCCUCGCUAUUCGCGUUUCCAGCGUGUGGCGAUACAGAAGUGUGCCGUGCGGGGCGCUGCCACCGGACUUGCGUCGCAUCAAAAGAGUGCGCGGCCUACCCUUACAGGGUGUGCGAUUUUUUUGACGAGGAAAGAGUCUGUAGUCAUAAAAAGCUCUUCGCAGAUCCGAUAGACAUGGACAUUCUUGGCACUCUAUGCUUCUUCCUCUUUGCAGGGUUGGCGCUCUCCGCGGGCGUUGGUGGCGGUGGCAUCUACGUCCCACUGCUUAUUCUCCUCUUGCGCUUCCGACCGCAGAAAGCAACGGCGAUUUCGCAGGUCUUCCACUCCUGUUGUAAGAUCGAUUGCAUAUUCCUAACUUAGUGCUUCUGCUGCUGCAUAAUCGUACAACUCGCGUCAGCAGGCGUACUGUUUAAGAGAAAACUUUCGGAUUCAUCUAGAGUCAUAGUACCACUCGGUUGAAGAUCAAGAUAUUAACAUAAUGCGGAAUUUUUGACAUGAAAUUCACAAACAGUCAAUGUUAGCCGGCGGCUCGAUAUCUGUUCUGCUGUAUAAUUUGAAGCAACGACAUCCCGUGGAACGCGAUAGACCGAUGAUCGACUUCGAUUUGACCAUUAUUCUAGGGUUCCCGUUGAUGGCAGGGGUCCAGAUGGGGGCAGUAGUCCACAAAAUAUCGCCGGAUUGGCUGAUCCUGUUCGUCUUGAUAGUAGUAUUGACGGACUCAGGCAGGAAAACGCUGAAGAAGGGCAUAUCCUUAUGGAAAGCGGAAAACAAGUCGGCCGCGGAGGGAGGAGUAGCAGCGGGACUUCCAGUACCAGAAAUCGGACGAAAAAUAUACGAAAUGGGAAGGAAAAUGUCCACAAGCACAACGAAUACGUCGUAUUCCACUUUUAUUUCGGUCUAGUACUAGAAUACUUCUAGUUGUUGUCCUAGUCCUACAUAAGUAGAUUCAAGUCUGUCAUAUUGUGUUUGAUUUGUUCUGUUUUCCUAGGGAAUAUGACUAAGGCAGAGGAGGUCAUAAGGAGCCUGCUACAACGAACUAUAUGUAUAAGUAGUUUCUCCCUCGCAAUCGCAGAUACCAGGAGUUCGACCAGGAGCACGAGCUGCCUGAGAGUGCCGAAGUAGUUGGGCGGACAUCGCGGUCGCUGCGGGGGAAGGAGUUCCAGCGGAAAAAUUCACCUAGUGAACAAACAAUGCUCACGUCGAAAGACCACUCGCCGAUAGAGAAUGGGGUAAGCAGCCAGGCAAUCUUUGCAGGAGCGGGCUCGCCAGCGUCAGCGUCGACCGCAUUACCAUCUUCAACCAUGGAGGCGCGAGGCAACUCUGUGACAACGGUAGACUUAGUUCCAGUCAGCGAGAGUCCCAUAGCGCGAAUGUCGGUUCAAACGACCGCGAGCUUGAGCGCUAGCAAGACGAAGUCGGAGCAGCACGCAGUUGUUAUCGGGCAACAAGGUUCGGAGUCAGACUUGAGCAGUGGGACGAGGACCGGGUAUCCAAAUAUAUCUGCUCCUGUAAUUCUCGACGGCAAUAAAGGCUCAGAAAUAAUGGAAAUGGAAGGCAGAGGACAAGCAGUAUCAGCUGAGAGUUCGCUGGAGCUGGUCGAUUUUGGCGCGCACAGGACCGACCAAGAGGAAGAAAAUAGCGUUAAGAGACAGCAGAUUAUUUUAGGUCAAUUACCGCCGGCACGGGGCAGCACGGGAUCGCCGAUAGCGCCACUGUCUCCACUCACUGUCACGAAUAACGCAUCGAUAGCCAAGCAAAAGCGACUCUUGUUAGGCGUCUGGGCUAUGAUGCUUGCGGUUUCUGCAGUAUUCACUAUCCAUUAUUUGCUAUUAUCAUACAAACUGCAGAAGAGAGAAGUGUCCAUGAUAUAAUAUCGUCACUAGGACAUCACUUGAUGCAAACUAAAGAGUACUUCUUUACACCCACGUUUGUUCCACUUAGGUAAAAACUAGCUUUGGGUACUGCACUGGACUUUUCUGGGUAAUCUUGCUCGCCGCAACAUACGCUCUCCUAUGGCUAGCCUACCGUCAUUCGGAUUCGAUGGUUCUGCAAUACCAGGCAAGGAUGGCACGAGAAGGCGACAGUGAGGGGGAGACCUCAAAGUACUACAGUUUUGAAUUUGAUUUUAAUCACAUGCUUUAUUUCUGUAAAAAUGUUUGGUUCUCUUUGACGAGAAUUUCUUUUUAGCAUCGGAUUCAUGUAUCAUCAAUACAUCAACACAACAACUUCAGAUAUCGAGAUUCCUGGGAAUUUUUCGAUUCUCGGAAAAACGCGGUCCGCCUAUUGGCCUAUGCGUAUGGCGCCGGCACAGUGGCGGCUAUGUGUGGCAUCGGAGGAGGCAUGUUGCUUGGCCCGAUAAUGCUGGAGAUGGGAUUGCGACCACAGGUACGUGCUUUCCCCUCUAGUUUUACUGCACAGAAAUACUGACCCUAUGAAUGUUGGUAUCCUGGGUCUGGUGUAAAAAAGCAGGUUAGUUGAGCAGCGGGCACUUCCUUCCCACAACGAGGAACGCCGCCGCUGUAGAAACAACAAUAUGGACAAUGGAUCAAGUUCAACACCUUAACAGCUUCAGCCUCAACAUCAGAGAAAUGCGAAGAACGCAGAAGAGAUUCAGGGAAGUCGUAGGUCAAGCCCGAACCGACUAACAUCGUCAUCAGUUGCACCUUGUCAGGACCUCUUAUAACGAUAUUCUUUCUUGGAUAUUAAAGUGCAAGUAGAAAGUAGUUGUGGAAAGACACGACGUUUUCUGUCAUGCGUUCAGCAUAAUUGCAGGUAACGACUGCGACAACUGCGACUACGCUCUUCAUGCUCUCGACAACCGCAUCCUUGAUUUUUAUUUUGAGUGGCGUCGCUCCUCUGCCCUAUGCGCUGUUCUUUGCGGGUGUGUGUUGCGCUGGUGCAAUCGUGGGCAAAAGCGUAAUAAAUCACUACGUGAAGAAGUAUCAGCGGACUUCGCUCAUCGCUUUGAUUCUUUAUGAAUACGUUUGGAAAUUUGAUUUUCCCCACACCUGCAUAUGUCAAUGAUCACCUUGUUAGAACAAAAAAAGGUGAGUUGCUCGUUCUUCAAUAGAACAAGUAUGUGAUACUACUUCGAAUAGAGCACGAUGAACUUUAGUCUCCCAACGAGGACCCCCCCAACCUACCGAGCCUCCUCUUUCAUAUCUCUGCCGCGGUGAUUAUUGUUAGCACUGUGAUGCUGUUGCUGAUCGGAUUGCUGGACCUAGUCGGGGAUGUGAGUGCCGCAACGCGUGGGAGUGAUGCGGCGAAAGCCGACCUCUGGUUCAAAUCACUUUGCAGUACAGCAAGCCAGCACUAAACACCGCUCGUUUUAUCCGCGGACGGUAAGUAAGUACCUGGAAAGCUAAAUUCAGAAGUUUGAUAAUCGGUCUUGCAUCAUUGAGAAAUUGAUCACGGCGUGUUACGUGGCAAGAGGGUUUUUAUUUAUGGAGCUCUGUUGUUUUUUACAAACGUGCCGCUGCCUUUAUCGCAAUCUCAAUAUGUGCCCUUACAACAAUCUGCAACCCCAACAACUUCUGCAGUCGUCAAUUAAUUGGUUGGCUCUACUUGUGCAUCUGCUUCCGCUUCCUCACAAUUGACUGCUAGAAAGAUUUUCCUUUACAAUUAGGUGCCAAUCCUUCUCUUGAAUCCAAGAAAAUCUAAUGCAAAAAGUCUCAGAAUACUUAUCACAAGAAAGUAAAAGCAAAUCGAACGCCUUCGAGCAUCAUCACGCUACCACCUGUCAUACAAAUCCUACCAAAAAAUUUGUCUCUCAAACUCCUAUUUAUUCUGCUAAAAUUGCUUGUUUGGUAUAUGCAAGCGACGACCUCUGUCUAUGCUGUGUUGGGCAACUUCUGCUUAUUGUCGCAAAACCCUGAAAGUGAAAGAAUGUUCUUGACCACCAAGACCAAGGGGUUUGAUUAACUAGUUUGCAUCAUCGCAUUGGUUCAGUGGCAACGAUGGAGAUGUUCUGCAAUCUUCGACGCAGAAGAUGUCCUGAUAAUGACUGGUGUCUCAAAAUAUAUGAGCCGGAUCCUCUUCUUGAAGCAAGCAUUGAAUUCAAGAUCCUCUGCUGUUCUUGAGACUGAGGGCAAUAUGGUCCG